AUGUCGACCAACACUCCACUCGUCACAAAACAAGAGCAGGAUGCUCACAAGACCCUCUUCGACAAGGGACUCAAGAUUCGUUAUGAGGUUGCCGGCUCUGCUUAUGUCGAUGCGGCUCUGGCAAAUGGUUCUUCAGACUUCGCCCGACCGAUGCAAGAUCUCGUCACGGAAGCUUGUUGGGGAUGUGUAUGGUCACGACCAGGACUGGAAAGAAAGCAGCGAUCCUUGCUCAAUAUUGCAAUGCUGUGUGCAUUGAAUCGUGGCCCUGAACUGGCUGCCCAUGUCAGAGGUGCUAUCAACAACGGCGCCACCGAUAUCGAGAUCAGAGAGACGUUAUUGCAAGCUUCAAUCUACUGUGGUAUGCCGGCUGGCCUUGAAGGAUUUAAGAUUGCAGAGAAGGUUAUCAUUGCAAUUCGGCAGGAGGAACAGGCUAAAGAAUAA